AUGCCUGUUAAUCUGUGUGAUGGACUUAGAACGGCCGAUAAAGGUCUUAUCUUCGAUAAAAAUUCUCAAAAUUAUACGUUAGAAGGAAGUUAUACCAAUAAGUAUUGUCCUGAUAAUAAUUGUGGUAAUGAUAAUAACAAAAAAAUUAGUUCUGCUUUUAUAGGAUUGCUAGGUUUCUAUAAGGAAGUUGUUGAUAUGCAAAAUAUAGAGAGUGAUAAAAUUGCUGAAUACGCUGUUUUAUGGUUAGGUCACAAACUGAAUCAAAAAACAGAAAAUGGAACCACCAUAUUAAACGAUUUUUAUAAUAAAAAUAUAAAAACAAAUAAUCAUUAUAAACAGGAAACACUUGGUGAUAGUAAUAAUAAGAUUAAGAUAGAUGUUAUAGAUAAAAAAAUAGAAUCGAUGAAUAUGAAUAUUAAAGAUAUAUCUAAUUUUUAUGAAGUAUUUAAAUUAUUAUGUAUGAUGGAUGGUGAAGUUGAUAAAAAAAACCUCCAAUGCAAUACAUGUUUAAUAAAUGCUGGAGAAUUUUAUGAAAAAUAUGAAAAACUUAAAAAUGCUUUAGAUAUUAAUAAAGGAAGUUCUUAUUUUCAACUAUGGUUAAGUUUAUCAAAAGAUUAUGACAAAUUUAAAGAUAAAUAUAAUACACGUGGAUGUAAUAAUAUCAAAUUCCUUGAAACUUGUCCACGAAGUUCAGUGACAAAAAGUCAAGUGACAGAAUGUCCAGUGACAAAAAGCCAAGUGACAAAUAGUCCAGUGACAGAAUGUCCAGUGACAGAAUGUCCAGUGACAAAAAAUAUACUAAUUCCAAUUGCAAUUGUAUUUGUUGCAGCAUCAUUUUUUUUUGGAAUUUCUUAUAAGUAUUCGUUAUUUGGAUUUCGGAAACGAUCUUCAAAACAACAUUUAAGAGAAAAGCUAAAAAAGUAA